AUGGGAAACAAACAAACCAAGAAAAAAUCAUCAGUCAAAGCACAAGCUAAACCUGUUGUAUCGAGAGGAAAAUCCUUGGAUAAUGUAAAAAGGGUGCUGCUCUUAUACAAAGCAUCGACAGAAAGCUCAGAAGCUCAAGACAUCGUAGAUCAUUUCUGUGAUGCACUGAAUCAAGUUAAACCUCCUGGAUGUGUGGCAAUAGAAAAUGAAAACGUUUUGAAUGUAUUCAAAUACGACGAUGAAAGCGUCAAGAAUCGAACAGAGAAAUGGCUGGCUGCACCCAAUAACGUCCUUAUAAUCUUCUGCUUAGGCGGGAAAGAAGAUUUAUCGCGCCAACAUUUCACCGACAAUAGUGGAGCCUUGUUCACUAAGAUUUUCCCCGUUUGUCGUGGAACAGAGGGGCCUGCCGAGUGGCCUACCGAGUGGCCUGAAGCUUACUCUCUUGGUGUGGCAAACCCCGAGGAGAUUAACCGGCCGAAUGAUUUCGAAGGAGGCGGUUUAGACACCCUUGUGGCGGCCAUCCGCGGAGUUGAGUAA